AGGGAGGGGGGUGGUGGUGGAGGAGGUGGUGGUGGGGCCAGCCAGGAGCUCCGUCUGUUGUAACCCCGGACAGCAUCAACGUCGCCCCGGUGGAGUGAACGGAGUGAAGAAGGCUGCGGACCCCGGGCGCGCAUCGACAUGGAGCUGGAGAAUAUCGUGGCCAACACCGUGCUGCUGAAAGCACGCGAAGGAGGCGGCGGGAACAGAAAAGGAAAAAGCAAGAAGUGGAAGCAGCUGCUGCAGUUCCCCCACAUCAGUCUGUGUGAAGAGCUGCGACAGACCACAGAGAAGGACUACAGCAGCCUCUGCGAGCGGCAGCCCAUCGGACGGCUGCUGUUCCGACAGUUCUGCGAGACUCAACCCGAACUGAGGCGCUGCGUCAAAUUCCUGGACGCUGUGGCCGAGUACGAGGUGGCUCCGGACGAGAAGAGGAAGGAGUGCGGCCAGGAGCUCGUCAACAAAUACUUUGACCCGAAGGUGGAGGACCAUGUGCCCGAGGUGGAGGAGGCGAUGAUGGCUCAGUGUGCCGAGAGGCUGCAGCAGGAGGCCUGCAAGGAUCUCUUCAAGGACUGUACCAAAUUGAUCCACGGCUACCUGAGCGUGGCGCCCUUCGCCGACUACCUCGACAGCAUGUACUACAACCGGUUCCUCCAGUGGAAAUGGCUGGAGAGGCAACCGGUGACGAAAAACACAUUCCGACAGUACAGAGUUUUGGGCAAAGGAGGCUUCGGAGAGGUGUGUGCGUGUCAGGUGAGGGCCACGGGCAAAAUGUACGCCUGUAAAAAACUGGAGAAGAAGAGGAUCAAGAAAAGGAAAGGAGAGUCCAUGGCGCUCAAUGAGAAACAGAUCCUGGAGAAAGUCAACAGCAGAUUUGUAGUGAGCCUGGCGUACGCCUACGAGACCAAGGACGCUCUGUGCCUGGUGUUGACCCUCAUGAACGGAGGGGACCUCAAGUUUCACAUCUACCACAUGGGCGACGCGGGCUUCGACGAGAAGAGGGCCGUCUUCUACUCGGCGGAGAUCUGCUGCGGGCUGGAGGACCUGCACCGGGAACGCAUCGUCUACAGAGACCUGAAACCGGAGAACAUCCUGCUGGACGACCACGGCCACAUCCGGAUAUCGGACCUCGGGUUAGCGGUCCACGUGCCGGAGGGACAGACCAUCAAGGGACGGGUGGGGACGGUGGGAUACAUGGCUCCGGAGGUGGUGAAGAACGAGCGCUACACCUUCAGCCCCGACUGGUGGGCGCUGGGCUGCCUGCUGUACGAGAUGAUCGAGGGCCAGUCCCCCUUCCAGCAGAGGAAGAAGAAGAUCAAGAGGGAGGAAGUGGAGCGGCUCGUGAGGGAGGUGGAGGAGGAAUAUUCCAGCAAGUUCUCCGAGGACGCCAAGUCCCUCUGUAGAAUGCUCCUGGCCAAAGAUCCCGCGCAGAGGACGGGCUGCCAGGGGGGCGGAGCGUCCGAGGUCAAAGCCCACACCAUCUUCUGCUCCAUCAACUUCAAGCGCCUGGUGGCCGGGAUGCUGCAGGCGCCCUUCACUCCCGACCCGCAGGCCAUCUACUGCAAAGACGUGCUGGACAUCGAGCAGUUCUCCACCGUGAAAGGAGUGGAGCUGGAGCCCAAAGACGAGUCCUUCUACAGCAAAGUGUCCACGGGCUGCGUCUCCAUUCCCUGGCAGGACGAGAUGAUCGAGACGGAGUGCUUCACGGAGCUGAACGUUUUCCACCAGGACGGCACCGUCCCUCCCGACCUGGACUGGAGGGGACAGCCGUCCCCUCCGCCCAAACAGGGACUCAUGCAGCGGCUGUUCGGCCGGCAGGACUGCUGUGGUAACUGCAGUGACAGUGAUGAAGAGCCCACAAGGCUGUGACCCCCCCCCCCCCCCCCAGACACACACACACGCACACAGACACACAAUCCCAUUUGUUUACAACUUUUGCACAUUUGUAUUUUUAACAUAGUACUAUCUCUAAGUGUCAGAAUGUAUAUUUUCAGCAUUGCCAUAACGUUUAAUGUUAUUUAAAAAGUUGUGAAAUAUCGGCCUUCGACGCGUUCCAGGACAACGGGAACUUUGUUAAACACACACAAAAAAAGAAUAAAAAAGACACAAACCAUCGGCCCAGGGGGGGGGCGCUUUGCUUCCCACUUGACACGUGUCCCCGUGUAACUGAUGCGGCUCCACUGGACCAAUCGGCUGCUGUAGAAGUGCCUUGCUGGACGGCGCCGUGACAGCGGUGACCAAUGGGAGGGCCGAGCAUUCCCGGAUCUCUUUACAGUGACUUUCAGCUCGUGAAUUGUGACCACUUUUCUUCCUCCGGCCCUUGAUUUCUUCAGUUAGUUAGCUGCACUUUUGAGUUCCGCAGUGCCCCCCCCCCCCCUCCUUUUCCUUCUAUUUAAUUCUUAGAAAAGUGGGAUAUUUUUUUAUUUUGCUUCGCCAUGAAGUUGUCUACAUCUGCUGAUAUUUUUAUAUAAAGUUUUUUUUUUUUUCAAA